UAAACAAACAACAGAAAUCGCUUAAAAAGUAAAGAAAAAAUUAAUUUUAAGGUAUUUUUAGAGAAAAAUUAAAUAAAAAUGCCUCGAGAUAAAUACAGUCGAUCUCCAUCACGUUCAAAAAAGUCAAAAAGAAGCAAAUCUCGGGACAGAGACCGUGACAGGCAUCGAGAUUAUGACCGUGACUACGACAGACGCCACAAAAAAUCAUCGAAAAGUUCUCGUUCAAGGGAUUACAGUCCAGAUAAUCGACGAAAAAAAGAUCGAUAUCGCCGUCGUUCCAGCAGCCGGUCCGACUCAUCAUCAUCCCGAAGUCCAUCUCACUCCUCAUCUCGCUCAUCUUCGCGUUACAAGUCCUCAUCGCGGCACGAAAAACACGAAAGUCGGUCCCGAAGUGAGUCUCGGAGCAGUCCCGUUGUCACUGCGCCUCCACCUCCAACCAUCCAAUGUGAACGCUUCAACUUCCAAGACGCUGUCGGGGUACUGGACAAUAAUCGAGAGACCGCAGCCGAUAUCGACAGAAAUGAAUUCACGCCGCAAUCUUUCACGAGCACCGCAAAAAAACUGCCGGAAAAGGUAAAAAUCGACUUGGACAUGGGAACAAUCGAAUUGCCGCCGAUGCCGAAUCAGGAAGAAGAGGAAGACACUCUCUUCAAUCCGAAAUUUUUUGGCGACGAAAAGGAACGCAUGCAACGCUGGGUGCGAAAAAUGAUGCUUUAUCGGCAACCGCGGAUGGAAACAAACUAAUUUUCUCUCUAA